AUGUACAAAACUAUCUUGUCACUAGGUCUCAUCGCAAGCACUACGCUUGCACAGUCUGUCUCCAUCGGACUACCUACAGCAGGCGCUCAACUUUAUACUUCAACCAAUGCAACAUUUCAGAUCCAGCGUCCGGACUCCUUGACUGGCUCUGAAGAAAUUGCCGUUGUCAUCGGUAUCAACAAGUGCGGCUCCGGCGCUACGUGCAGCUCUCCAGAGGAAAGCAUGGGUACUGUACUUUAUAAUGGGCCCUUCGACCCUCAAUUUCACGAAACAUACUUGCCUCCUUACCAGAACUUCACUUUGGAGAUUCCCGAGGGAGUCGCUGCCGAGAAUGGUAUCGUUACUGUUGCCCACUUUUCUCUCGUCGGGGCAAGCACUUAUCCAUUAGUCGAAUACCAUAACCAGACUGUUACCAUUGCUGAAAGCGAUUAG